AUGCCUACAAAAAUUCCUCGUGAAGAAGAACAACGACAAUUAAAAGAACUUGAACUUGAAAUAAAAUAUCAUGAAAAUUUGGAAAGUAUGAAAGAAAAUAAUCAUCAUCAUCAUCAUCAUAAUCAUAAUCAUAAUCAUUUAACACCAACGAUAACAACAAUAACAACAAAUAAAAAAUUAACAUCAAUGAAUGAUAUUAAAAUACCUAAAAAACGUGGUCCAAAAAAGAAACAAAUGACACCAGCACGUGUUGCACGUUUUAAAGUUCGACGUAUUAAAGCAAAUGGUCGUGAACGUGAACGUAUGAAAGGUCUUAAUGAACAAUUAGAAGUGUUACGUGAAACAAUUCCAUGUUUUUCAUUAUCACAAAAAUUAUCAAAAAUUGAAACAUUACGUUUAGCUAAAAAUUAUAUUGAAGCAUUAAGUGAAAUGGUUCAAAAUGAUCAAAUACCUGAUAAUACACAUUUUGCUCAAUUAUUAUGUAAAGGUUUAUCACCAAAUACAAUGAAUCUUGUUGCAGCAACACUUUGUUUAAAUCCUCGUAUAUUACAACAGCAACAACAACAACAAUAUGGAGAUUCUUAUCCAUCAAAUAUGGUUACAAUGGAUGAAACUUAUAUGUUAUCAUCAAUGCAUCCGAGAGUACGAAAUCCAUUAGAAUUUAUUAAUCUUAAAAAAGGAAAUCAUCAAUCAAAACCAACAACAAUAAAUCAAAAUCAUUCAACAAGUGAAAGUGAAGAUGAUGCUAUGUUAUGUAGUUCAAGUAGUUAUGAUCAAACAUCAUCAUUUUGUAAUGAUGCAACAAAUAGCAGUAUGGAAGAAAUUAGUCCUAAUGGACAUAUGAUUUUACCAGGAGCUUCACAAACAUUUACAAAUGAAUUUUAUACUGAUGAACAACAUUUUAUGUUAAAUACUCAACAAUUUUAUCCACCACCACCACCACUGCCACCACCAAUUGUAACACAACAUCAUCAUAAUUUUUAUUAUCCAACAAACUAUUGA